CAUCUACUACCGUGCUACACGAAGUGAUUAGCUUAAGUGGAAACCGAAAUGAUUCUAUGUACAUGAAUCUUUAUGAUGGCGUCGACAUUGAAGAGAUAACAUUAGCCCUGGUCUCUAUGGUCGUCAAUCAUAAAGAUAAAUGUUUUCUUUAUAAGGCAAGGAACAGUAGUAUGUUCAUUUCAAAUAAAGACUGGAGAUGGCGGUGAACAACAAGCUCCAAUUGACUCUCACUCUGAUUGCCCUCGCGGCAGCCCUGUGUCUAGUUUUCUCACCCACCCAUGUGGAUGGCACUUGCAAUCAGUGCAAAAACGCGCAUACCUGCAUCAACGAGACAUCCUUUCAAAUUUGCUACAAUGGCGUACGCAAUCAAACGUUGAACUUUACCUGCCCCAGCGAUACGCCCAUUUGUACGGAUUAUGCUACAAUCUGUAUGGUAAACUCCACAAGUGUGGUUCGUGGUUGUGGUGAAGUGUCACAGUGUAAUGUUUGUUCGAGUGGAUCAACAUAUGCCUGCACUUCGUUGACAACCUUCGCCAGAUGUAGUGAUGGUCAGCUUACCACGGGCAGAGCCACCUGCGCCUCGAGUUAUGUAUGCAGUACUUCGAAUGCCGCCUCAGAUCCACUCAAUGUUUGUGUGGCACGUUGUGAUGUAGCCGAUGGUGAUAUUUGUGAUCGUGUUGAGGAAGUUGAUGAUUCCACAACAACCGAAACUCCUUCGAAUGUUACAACAACAACAACCGAAACUCCUUCGAAUGUUACAACAACCGACGUCCCGAGUACAACUGACAAUGUGACAAUCUCAACAACUGAAAUCAUUACAACCACCACAACUGCCUCCAGUAUCAUAACUCCCACCGAGUUUUGUGCUGACGCUGCGGCAACUGGUCGCUAUGCCAUACCAAAUGACACUGAAUGCACUAGCUAUCUCUAUUGUUUCUACAAGUCCAAUGGCUGGCAAGCAAUCACCUACAAUUGCACAGCGAGUAAGCCAUAUUUCAAUGCCAAUGCCACGGUUUGUGGCACAACAAAACCAACUUCAGCUAAUUGCACCAUCUAGGUCAAGUCAAAUCCAAAAGCAUUCUUAACUAUGUAUAUAAAUA